ACUUUAAGCUGUCGCGCGUGUAAAAUUAGAUCACGCAAAACGAACAAAAAUGAAUAUCGUCCCGAUUUUGUGUUUGCUAUUUAUAGUUGCCAAGGCUGAAAUUUUAAAAGCUGAUUCACAAGUUAAAAGUGAAAGCGGUUUAGGUCCAAGUUUAGGUCCAAAAGGCAUUGAAAGUAGUUUUCUGGAUAGUGUCACUUCAGGACACAAUGGUGGACCAAUUAUGGGACGAUUCGUUUACGAUGGUGAAGAUGGUCAGCAAUUUGAAGUUUUCUAUUUUGCUGAUGCGUACGGGUAUCAAGCUCAAGGACGUUUGAUUGAACGAAGUCAUCCGCUUUCAAGUUCCAUAGAUCGGUGGAAUAUGAGGAUAACCUUAGAGGGAAAAUACGGUUCAAUAAGUGAUUAAUUAAUUGCGUAGGCUUCAAAGUGUAAAAUAGAGAAAAGAGUAUUAUAAUUUGAAAAAAAAACUG